ACGGUUUUCCAGGCCGUCAAGCUCGGCAUUCAAGCGGCUGCACGGCUGCACGCAGCAGCGAUUGAGCACGUUUGAUUCCUCUGAUGCCAAGCUCUUAGGUGGCUGGCUGCAGAUUGUAUUGCUGGAACGCCUAUUGUUGUGGGUCGUGAGCACCAACGUGCGUGCCCCUUACGUCGUCAGCGGCCACAUCGCGGAAUGCGUCGCCUCAGCGGCAUGAGGGCGCUGCUGGCGCUCACUGCGGUUUGCGCAGUGGCAACUUGCACAGGCGCUGCUCGCCUCUACGGUUCGGACCCUGCCCACAAGCUCCUGCCUGCGCAGAAGGCCCGCGACUGCAGCGACAGCUCAGACGAGGUGUGCUCGCUGCCGGGUCUGAACGGCCCGCCGCACGUGCGCAUGCGGUCUGGCUACAUCACUGUCAGUGAGGUCAGCGACAGGCAGCUGUGGUACCUGGUGGCGGACCGCGAGCAGCAGGAGCAGGCGCAGCAGCACGCGGGUGGAGCGAAGGAAGAGGAGGCCUCGCCGGUGCUGCUGUGGCUGACGGGCGGUCCCGGCUGCUCCUCCCUGGACGCCUUUAUCUACGAACACGGCCCCUUCAAGUUCAGCUUCGCCGGCGAGCGGCAGGGGCAGCAGGGUCCGGGGCAGGCCGGCGGCAACAAGGCCCGCGAGGUGGUGAUUGAGCCCAAUCCCUACUCCUGGACCAAGGCCGCCACGGUCAUCUACGUGGACAGCCCGGCAGGUGCGGGCAUGUCGUACAGCGGGCGGCCUGAGGUGGACUACCACACCGACGACCAGUACACCGUUGCAGACCUGGUCACCUUUCUGGAGGGCCUGACUGAGCGCUACCCGGAGCUGGCCACUGCGCCCUUCCACAUCGCGGGCGAGAGCUACGCGGGCGUGUACGUGCCGCUGCUGGCUGAGGCGGUGGUGCGCGCCAACAAGCGGCGGAAGGCGGCGGGCAGGCCGCAGCUGGUGCAGCUGCAGGGCUACGCGGUGGGCAACCCCGUGACUGACGACGUGCUGGACGGCAACGGCCAGAUGACCUUUGCGGCGGCCAUGGGCUACGUGGACCCGCCCACCUGGGCCGCCAUGCGGGAGGCCUGCGCCGACAUGUUCUGGAACGCAACACAGGGCACGGCCUGCUACGAGCUGCAGGGUGUGGUCAAGGACGAGCUGUGGGAUCUCAACUGGUAUGAUGUGCUGGACACAUGCACGCACGUGCAAGGCCCCGCUCUGGCCGCCUCGUCCUCGUCUGCCCCCCGGGGUCAGCGCAGUGCCGCCGACCUGGACCGCCGCUUCCACUGGCCCUUCACCGCGCGCCUGGGCGGGGGUGAGGCGGCGGCCGACCUGCCUGCCCAGGAGGAGGCGGGGCUGGAGGCGGGCCGGCGCGGCGGGCGGCGGCUGUGGGGCCCCUGGCUGCGUCACGUCGCUCCCUGCAUGGACCGCAGGCUGGCUCUGGACUGGCUGAACCGGGCCGAGGUGCGGUCUGCGCUGCACGCCGCGCCCCUGGCCGCGCUGCCCGACUGGCAGCCCUGCAGCGACGUGCUGUACUACGCCAUGGACACGGCGGACCUGGUGCCGCUGCACGUGCGGAUGGCGGUGGAGGAGGGCCUGCGUGUGCUGGUGUACAGCGGCGACCACGACAUGGUGGUGCCGCACACCGGCACCACAGCCUGGCUGUACGGCAGGGCCAGCGGCGGCGGCAGGGGGCGGCUGGGCCGGCCGGACGGGCCGCUGCGGCCCUGGGCCCUGGGCGGCCAGGUGGCGGGCUGGACGGCCUCGUGGCCCGGGCCGGAGGGGCGGGCGGGCGCGGGGGUGCGCGGGCUGCGCUACGCCAGUGUGAAGGGCGCGGGCCACAUGGUGCCGCAGAGCAAGCCGGCGGCGGCGCUGGCGCUGCUGCGGGCGCACCUGGAAGGCACAGAGCUGUAGGCGGCGCACGUGCGUGGGAGGGCAGUGGUUGCGAAGGAAGUGGGGGCGAUGAGGCCUUUCGUGCGGGAUGACGGUGUGCGGUCUGUGAUUUUUGUGACAAUGUGGAGGUUCUUGUGAACAUACAUUUGCGAGGGUUAGUGUCAGUCUGCACGGCCGCGCAUGCCGUACGUGUGUCAAGCUACGGCAUAUGCAUGACCAGGAGUUGGCCGCGGUUGUGCCGCAGAGCCCGCUCAAUAUGAUCAGAUCCGGCUCAAAUAUUUCCGUGUGAAACGACGUGUGUGUGAACACUGUGUGAGCGCUGCGCGGCGAUGCCCCCAUCAGCCGGUGGCCCGGUGCAGGCAGCAGGAUGGACGCGGUGGGUGCAGCUUGGCGCAGUAUAGGUGCGAACGACACGCUGGAUGCGGGCCACACGUGGGGCUUCACGAGUAGGCAGUAGGCACUUUUUUAUUAUUUUCAGGUUUAGCUGGUUUCGGGCUUAGCUUUUGUGUUGGUGUGUUGCGUUAGUGUGUUAGCGCUGUGGGGUUGUGUGUGUGCGGGUCCGCGGCGUAGCGGCACGCCCCCGCACACACUCAGAGGCACUGCGCCACAGCUUGUGUCAUGCGCUGCUGCAGGCGCCAGGCCGAGAGCUGCAACACAGGGCGCUAGUUAUUAUUCCAUUCGUUCCAUUCGUGGUGCAGCAGUGGUGAACGUGUACGCCAGGCCUGCCUGGCAUUAUUGGCUUGAUAUUUGUGUUUGUGGGAACCUGCCACCUGCUCUUC